AUGUCUAGAUUCGCAAGGUCUACUGUAUGGAAAUGGGACGACGUUGUGAUGGACACGGAUACCGGUGUAUCUGUUCGACUUCGUCUCGACCCAACACCAGAGAUCCAGUCCGUAUUUCCGUACCCCUUCCGGCUUGCCUAUGUCAUAACGCUGGCGGCCCACCAACUCUCAACUGAUUUGCACGUCGAAAAUCCUUCCACCGACAAGACUCUCUCCUUCCAAGCACUCCUUCAUACAUACUACGCCUCAAACAGAGAACACGUCAAAGUCUCGCCCCUUACCGGACUUGCCUACAUCAACAAAGUCAAAGGUGGAGUCGAGGAGACGGAGACCCGUGAUGGCGUUGACGUCCUCAACUUCACCGACUCUGUUUACAAGAAUGCGUCCAAGGAGUACCUCAUCUCAAGCCAAGGAAAGAACAUCAAACUCAAGGCCCGUGGUCUAAACGACGUCGUCGUCUGGAAUCCUGGCCCAGAAGCAGGCGCAAAGAUAGGAGAUAUGGAAGAUGGGGGAUGGGAUCGCUAUGUCUGCGUUGAGCCCGGAAGUGCAUCCUACUUCAUCGAUGUUGCACCCGGAGAUCAUUGGGUUGGAGGCCAGACCAUGUCAGUGAUGUAA